UACAGCAUAAGCAUAAUCACCAUAGUCCUUUCUUGCUAUCUGUAGAAGAGAAAAAUCAUCAAAAAUGUCCGACGUCCCACAGGAUAUCUUGAAGGAAAUGCUUUCAAGGCUUCCAGUAAAGCCACUCUUGAGGUUUAGGUGCAUAUCGAAACAAUGGAAGGCCAUCAUAGACAGUCCAGAAUUCAUCCGACUCCACAUUGCUCAGUCCCUCGAAACAAGAUCCCAUCACAGCGUAAUCCUCAGACAUUCAUACCUUCACUCUGCAGAUUUUGAUUCACUAAACAGAACCAACCGGGCUAUUUUUGAAGAACUCAACCAUCCAUUGAAAACCCCUGAUUACAAAACUGAGAUCUUGGGUUCUUGCAAUGGUUUGCUUUGUCUGAUGAACACUGAAGAGGAUAUUAUCUUGUGGAACCCAUCAACAAGAAGGUAUCGAAAAUUGCCUCUUACUGAAACUGAGCUUCCAAGAGAAGGUAUCUAUGGAUUUGGGUAUGAUUGUGUGAGUGAUGAUUAUAAGGUGGUUAGGAUUGUACAAUUUUACGGGGUUAGUUCUGAUACCUUUGAUACUAAAGUUAAGAUUUAUAGCCUGAGAUCAAAUUCUUGGAAGAGAAUACAAGAUUUUCCCUAUUAUCUGUGUUAUAGAAGGGUUUAUGGGAUGCUGGCUAAUGGUGCAUUGCAUUGGCUUGUGACUAGAAAUCCCGAGUCAUAUACUGCUUUCAUGAUUGCUGCUUUUGAUCUUGCAACAGAGGAAUAUAGGUUGGUGCCACAGCCUGUUGAUUCUGAUAAGAAUUUCCAUAUGAAUGUUGAGGUAUUGGGAGGAUGCCUUUGUGUGCUUUGCAAUUAUUACUUGGAUCAUGUUGAUGUUUGGGUGAUGAAGGAUUAUGGGGUUAAGGAAUCUUGGACGAAGUUGAUUUCCAUUAGGCAAUGUGAUGUAUCCAGUGGGCAUUUUGAAGUAGUGAGGCCAAUUGCUUAUUCUAAGUGUGGUAAGCGAGUGCUAUUGGAGCAAGAUUGUAAGCUCCUUGCAUGGUAUGAUCUUGAAAAGAAAACAACUAAACGUGCAAUGACAAGGUUUAGUUUUGACCCUUGGAAUCUGUACUUUGAGCUGGAUAUGUGCUUCGAGAGUCUUGUUCAGCUUGGCAGUCAUUUUGAUUUGGGGAAAGUGGACAAGAAAGGGCAAAAGCCAAACAGAGAGCCAAAAAGGAGCCAAGCAAAAGCCAAACAGAGAGCCAGAAAAAGAGCAACAUGAAAAAGAGGAAUAAUUUCUAGUCAAAGGGCUUCAAACUUGUGCUGUAAGCAGGGAAACAGAUUUUGUCCAAGAAGGUGGAUGAGAUAAAUAUACUGUGGUCCAUGUUCAUGUCUGGUUUUAUGGCAGUUUAGUUUUUGUAUAUGACGGAGGGUUGAGAUUUGAUCUGCAUUAAUUCACCAACCAUAAAUAUGGUAAAUCAAGUGAGGUAUUCAAUUCAUCAAGCAUGUUGUUUGCUUGUAACAUCUUUAAUUCUUACUUUCUAGCACAUGAUGCCUUCUUGUUUUAUGUGAAUUGGGAUUGUUGGUUCUUUAUCUGAUUCAGUUUGCCUGGCUA